CACUACCAGACCUUUCCCACCGCACCACCCCGCAGUGCCGGCCGACCACCGCCUCCCACAAAGAAAGACUCCAACCAUGACGAAACUCCUCUCCCGAAAGGCCAACUCGCCAUCCUCGCCGUUAUCGCCCUCGCCGAACAAACCGCCCUAAACAGCAUCUCGCCCUACCUCCCCUCUAUGGCCUCCACUUUCCCAGACAUUAAAGAGUCCGAGAUCGGGUUAUACGUAGGCCUCAUCGCCUCCGCUUUUGCGCUCGCACAAUUCGCGACCAACUUCCUCUGGGGUUGGUUAUCGGAUCGCAUCGGGCGGAAACCGAUCGUCUUGACGGGCACGAUAUUGACGGCGGUGUGUUUUAUGGCGUUUGGAUUCUGUCGCACGCUGUGGCAGGCUAUACUCGUGCAGUUGAUGAUGGGCCUGGUGAAUGGGAAUCAGGGAGUGAUAUCGACGUGUCUGGGGGAGAUCACAGACCGCUCGAAUCAGAGUCGGGCGUUUACGUACUUGCCGGUGAUAUAUGGAUUGGGAGGGAUCACGGGACCGUUGGUGGGUGGACUGUUGGUAUUCCAGGAUAAACCGUUCCAGCCGGGCGUGCCGAAUCCGUACCCGUACCUGUGGCCGAAUGUGUUCGCGGCGGUGGUGUUGGUGAUUGACUUUGUCCUCACGGCGAUUUUCUUGGAGGAGAGUCUGGGAUCCGAGGGCGAACUUCCACCGCUCAAGAAACGCAUGAAGAGCUUGUUCUCCUGGAUAUGGCAGUUCAGCGGCGACUCCCAGCGACCGACCUACACUCGCCCAACAACGCCCUCCAAAUCCCGACCCGGCGAGUCCAGUAAUCUCCUCUCCUCCACCUCCUCCACCGCCUCGGAAGCCGACUCCGAUGCCUCUUCAACCGAUUCCACCGACAUGCCACACCCGGAAACCCACACCGUCCUCAACCGCAACACCCUCCUCCUCCUCUCCACCUACCUCCUCUUCCAACUCUCCAACAUAGCCUACAACUCCCUCUACCCCAUCUUCUCCGGCUCCUCGCCUCCCAUCGGCCGCUCGCUCUCGCCGGAAGAAAUCGGCACUUCCCUCGCUUUCGCCGGCGCCAUCACGAUCGUGUUUCAAGUCGGCGUGUUCGGGUACAUGCGGGAUCGACUGGGCAAUAAAACGACGUAUCGAUUGGGAUUGGCGGGGUUCGUGGUGAGUUUUGGAUUGAUGCCUUGGGUGGGGUAUAAAGAUGGGAAGGAUGGGAGUGGAUCCCCUACCACUAAAGGGAAGAUAUUUCUCUGGGCGGAGUUGGGGGGUGUACUCAUCAUCAAAACCGUCGCCUCUGUCGGUGGCCUCACUUCCGCUCUCCUCCUCAUCACGAAUUCCGCUCCGAGUCAUGCGGUUCUAGGAACGCUGAACGGGCUAGCGCAGACGUUAAGUGCAGCGGGCAGGGCGUUGGGGCCGUUGAUGAGUGGUGCGCUAUUCAGUGCUGCGACACGGGUGAAGACGAAGGGCGAGGCGUUGGCGUUUGGGGUGUUUGCGGGGAUUGCGUUUGUGGGGUUGGGGAUGAGUUUUGGGAUUAGGGGGAAGGGGUUGGAGGCGGAGGGGUGGAGUGAACAGGGGGAGAAUGGGAGUCAGGAGGGGGAUGAGGAGGAUGAG